GUAGCACAAACGUCAUUUCCGUUCCCGCCCUGUUUGUUUCUUUGUUGGAGUAUGUGUUGCGUUCGGUGCUGUUGACCGUAGUUUUUUUUAUUUGUUUUUUUACUUAGUUUAGAUUUCAAUGGGUAAGAAAGUACGCACGGCACCCGGCCGCAGGCCGAUCCUACAGCUUUCCCCACCGGGUCCCCGUAGCAUCACCACGGGCGGCAGUAACUCGCGGGAGGAGAACCCGGGAUCCACAUCCGAAGAUGAACAGGAUGGCACUGGCGAUGGACCCAUAUUUAUACAAAGCGCCUCUAAGGAUAUCAUCGUGGAAGCAAAGCCUCCUGCAGUCAAAGCUACAGAGGGUUUGUCGUUGCUGGGGGCCUAUGAAGACAGCGAUGAAGAGGAGAGCCCUGACUCGCAGCCCCAGCCAGCAAAAGCAAACCACAACCAGCCUGGCGACAUUGACAGCACACUGGCCAAUUUCCUUGCUGAAAUCGAUGCAAUCACGACCCAGCCUGCCCAGACCCCAGAGGAAUUAACGGCUGAUUCUACAGCUCCUCCCCCAACCCCCCCUCGCCCAGAGCCUAAAGACCAGCCCCCCGCCCCGAGCCACACUGCAGCCCCUAACGGAACAGAGGCUGCGACCACAGGGGCGGAGUUUCAGUACGAUACCCAGUACUCUCUGUCCGGAGUCGGUGUGGAGAUGGGACACUGGCAAGAGGUCUGGGAUGAGAACUCGGGUUGUUUUUAUUACUGGAAUACCGAGACCAACGAGGUGACCUGGCAGCUACCCCUGGACCUGGCCCAUCAGGUGCAGGGCCUGCAGCACUACACAGACAGUUCUACCAUGGCUGUCAAUGGCAGCAGCGCACAGAGUGCUGUGUUUUACCCAGAACAGAACCCAGUGAUCUCUACGACUGUGCAGAUCACUAAGAAAGAGAGCAAGAAGAAGGAAGUCAUGGAGAGUGUUGUAGCAUUGACCAGUGAAGAGGAGGAGAGGAGGGGUGUUGCUGCCUCUCUGCUGGCCCCCCUCAUCCCGGAGGAAGUGAAGGAGGCCGAGGAGAGGUGGCGGAAGAAAGUUGUGUGCCUGGAGGAGGAGGGGCCUGGCCCUGAGGGGGAGGGGCAGACUGUGGAGCACCCCGCCCCCACUGACGUAGAGACCCGUUCCCACGGCGACCCACGCAGUAAUGCCCACUCUGGAGAGAGCUCAGAGGGGGGUGAGAAUGAGGAAGAGGAGCCUGAGGAAGAUACCCGUGACUUGGAGCUGGCCCUGGAGAGAAAAAAGGCUGAGCUGCGUGCCCUAGAGGAAGGGGACGGCAGCUUGACAGGGUCCAGCCCUCGGUCCGACGUCAGCCACGAGGGCAGCCGCGUGGAGCUGUUGAAAAAGGGGAAGUGGAAGACCACUUUUGUUCGGUCCGCCAGCCCAGAUUCCAACAGCCGGAGUUCAGAAAAGACAGGCAGGGAUUCCCCAGACCCCCCAGAAGCAGCCACUUCAAAGGGAAAUGAAAAGGCAGUGGAGGAAGAUGAAAUGGACACAGAGGCUCUUUCAGAGAAGACCAAACCCAAAGUGGCCCAAAAAGAAGAGGAAGAAAAUGUCGACCUUAAGUUUCAGAUCGGGGAGCUCGCUAACACUCUGACCAGUAAGAUGGAGUUUUUGGGAAUUAACAAAAAGUCCAUAUCGAACUUUCAGCUGCUGCUUUUACAAACUGAGACCCGGAUUGCAGACUGGAGGGAAGGAUCUCUCGGCGGAAACUAUCUGAAGCGGAAGCUUCAAGAAGCAGCCGAACAGAUUAAACAUUAUGAAAUUAACGCCACACCUAAAGGCUGGUCCUGCCACUGGGACAGGGAUCACAGGCGCUAUUUCUAUGUUAACGAUCACACCAGUGCUUCUCGGUGGGAGUUCCCCGAUGUGGAGGAGGAAGGGGAUUCGGACGGGAAGGACAUGAAAACGGAGCAGGGCUUCAAAGACCAGGGUGAUCCCAAGCCACCGGCUGACCUGCUCGGGAUCGGGACAGGACCCACCAAUUACAUGAGCCUUGCCCCUGUGCCUCCUGGAUUGCCGGUGCCAACCUACUGGUCCCUGCCCCUGCCCCAACCCCAACCCCCCCUCCCUCCUGCCUGUGACCCCCCUCUGCCUCCAGACUUGCCACCUCCGCCCCCACCCCCUCCAGAGUCCCCGCCCCCUCCGCCUCCCCCUCCCCCCCCCCCUCCCCCGCCUCCGCCUGCCAGCGAGGAGACAGAGAUAGAGGAGGUGGAGAUGGAGGAAGAUGAGGGGGAGCCCCCAGCUCCGGGCACCGAGGAUGACUCUGUCCGCAAACCCCUGCUGCCUCCUGUCGCAUCCAACUACAAGAACACAGAGUCUGCCGCUUCCCCCGGUACACCAGCUAAGGCUGUGAAGCGGAAAGCAAUGGUUUCCAGUUCAGGGCAGCUACAGAAAUCAGCCACUAUUGGCAGCAACGCAGUAUUGUACAGCCAAGCCGCUGUGGCAGCAGCCCCGGUGGUUGUUCCUCCAGUUUUCUGGGGAGUCUCGGCUGUGGUUGCUCCUGUCCCUCCAACAGAGACUGUGAUGGCAGCGGGACCGACUCCACCACUUCAGCCAGCCCCGAGCCGACCCCCAGCCUCCAGCAGCGCCGACCAGCCUGCAGUGAAAACACAGCCAGCGGAGAAAUCCAAGAAACUGAAAAAGGACAAGGCAAAGAAGAGUAAGACUAAGAUGCCGUCUCUGGUUCAGAAAUGGCAGAGUAUUCAGCGCGAGCUGGACGACGAGGAGAACUCAAGCUCCAGCGAUGAGGAUCACACCGUGCUCAACCACAAGCGCAUAGAGGAGUGGAAGCAGCAGCAGCUUGUCACUGGUAAAGCAGGAAAAAGUGCAAACUUUGAAGCCCUUCCUGAGGAUUGGAGAGACAGACUGAAGAGGAGAAAACUGACUCAGAGCACAUAGUGUUGUCUGCAUCACUUUUGAUACUCUGUUCUGUAAAACAAAAACUUUGUAACUUUUUUUUAAAGAUGGAUAUCAUAAUUUAGCAGUGGAGGCUUAAUGGUUAAAACAGUGGCAGUCGGGUUGCAUUUUGCUCUGGUUCCUCUUUUUUUAUUAAAUGUUUUAUUUUACACAAAGUGCAAAGCAAAGAGGAAAAGACAGCUCCUGCUUUAUUACUCCGAUUCAGUUGCAUCAGCAGGGCUGUAUCAAAGCUUACAUUGCCAGUUUUGCUUCUGCAAUAGUCACUGUGCCAUUGAGAGAGCCUUUCUCUGCACUACAGCUUUUAAUUCAGUUGCCACAUUUGUAUUUAACAGAUAAGAUGGUUCAGGUGAGUCGACCGCAUGGCCUUUUCAAUUAUUUGGCCUGAUACAAGAGAACUGAUCUGGAGUACUUUGUGCUGCUUCAUGUUUACUGAUGUCUUGCGGUUCGUCAUGUGGUGUUAGUUUAGUUUAAUGCAUCAUUGUUCCCGUUUCUUUGCCUUGCUGUAGCCUUUUUUUUCAACAGAAUAGGUUUGUGUUGAAGCCCAUUCAGGUCAAACAACAGUGUCUGACACAGAGAUAGGACUUGAAGGCAGGAAUUCCUGGCUGUUUCAGAUGUAAUUAUAUAAACUAUUACUGUUUCACCUACGAUAAAAGCAGUCUGUUUUCUAGUCAAAGUAAAAAUGCAACCCUGUGUUUAUUUUAGAAGUGUUAUUUUCAGAUGUCAUUUUUGCCACUGUAAACAUAAGCGCAAUGGCUUGUAUUUGUAUUCAUGAGAAUGUGUAAACUCCUGAAGGGUAGGGGCUUUAGAAACCAAUGUGGUUGAGGGCAGACUUUUUGAAUAAUAAUAAUAAUAAUAAUAAUAAAAAACCUUUGUACAUUUUGUAUAUAGCUAUAAAAUAAAAUCUUUUUUAACAAA